AUUCUGAGUCUCACUCGCAACAACAUCAAUCUGUACAUCGAUAAAGCGUAUGCUUGGAUUAAGACCUCGACUCAAGGUCCGCCCAUCACUAUUGGACUUGCUGUCGCAUAAGCAGACCGUGGUUGAUUCUGCCGCAGCUACGAGAGCUUCUCCACCUUUGGACCUGCCACCGCUGCCCGCAACUCCAACUCCAACUUCGACUCCUCCAUCCACCACGCCGACCGCCGCCAACCACCACUCUUCGCUCUUCUCUUCAAGUGACUCGCCUUCUGUUGGAGACAAACUUCCUGCUGAAAUUAUUGUCGAGCUGCAAUCUCCUCCCCUGCCAUCGACUCCAUCUCCACCCGUCAUGGCGCCCUCUGACAAGAAGCAGACUGGCGAUGACCAGCUCGGCGCUGUCUUUUCCAUCUCUGGUCCCGUCGUCGUGGCCGAGAAGAUGAUUGGCUGUGCCAUGUACGAAUUGUGUCAUGUCGGCCACGACCGUCUCGUCGGCGAAGUCAUUCGUAUUGAUGGAGACAAAGCAACAAUUCAAGUCUACGAAGAAACCGCCGGUGUCAGAGUCGGGGAUCCCGUUUCCCGUACUGGUAAACCCUUGUCCGUCGAGCUUGGUCCCGGUCUUAUGGAAACAAUUUACGAUGGUAUUCAACGACCGCUCAAGGCUAUCUCAGACGUCUCUGAGAGUAUCUAUAUUCCUCGCGGUAUCUCCGUGCCAGCUCUCGAUCGAAAGAAGAAGUGGGAUUUCAAGCCGACCAAGAAGGUGGGUGAUAUGAUCACUGGUGGUGAUAUCUGGGGUAUUGUCUAUGAGAAUAGUCUGUUGGAUGAGCACAAGAUUCUCCUACCACCUCGUGCCCGGGGUACCAUCACAAAGAUUGCCGAGGCUGGAAGCUAUACUGUCGACGAGAAGAUCUUGGAAAUUGAAUUUGACGGCAAGAAAUCCGAACACGGUAUGAUGCACACAUGGCCAGUUCGUGUUCCCCGACCGGUGAACGAGAAGCUUGCAUCGGAUUCGCCAUUUAUCGUCGGUCAGAGAGUGUUGGACUCUUUGUUUCCUAGUGUGCAAGGUGGUACUGUCUGUAUUCCCGGAGCUUUCGGUUGUGGUAAAACAGUCAUUUCGCAGUCCGUGUCCAAGUUUUCAAACAGUGAUAUUAUCGUCUACGUUGGAUGUGGUGAGCGUGGUAAUGAGAUGGCUGAAGUGUUGAUGGACUUUCCAGAGCUCUCGAUCGAUAUCAAUGGUCGCAAAGAACCCAUCAUGAAGCGCACAUGCCUUAUCGGCAAUACAUCGAAUAUGCCCGUCGCUGCUCGUGAAGCUUCUAUCUAUACUGGUAUCACUGUUGCCGAAUACUUCCGUGACCAAGGAAAGAACGUGGCCAUGAUGGCCGAUUCCAGUUCUCGCUGGGCCGAAGCUUUGCGUGAAAUUUCUGGUCGUCUCGGUGAAAUGCCUGCAGAUCAAGGUUUCCCUGCUUAUCUGGGUGCUAAAUUGGCCUCUUUCUACGAACGUGCCGGAAAGAGUGUUGCUCUCGGUAGCCCCGAGCGGCAGGGUAGUGUCAGCAUUGUCGGUGCCGUGAGUCCACCUGGUGGUGAUUUCACUGAUCCCGUCACAACCAGUACCUUAGGUAUCGUGCAAGUGUUUUGGGGUUUGGAUAAGAAAUUGGCUCAGCGCAAACAUUUCCCUUCCAUCAACACUACGGUUUCCUACAGCAAAUAUACCACCAUUCUUGAUAAAUAUUACGAAAAGGAACACCCUGAAUUCCCUCGACUCCGAGACCAGAUCCGAGAGCUUUUGUCCAACUCGGAAGAUCUCGACCAAGUUGUCCAACUAGUCGGCAAAUCUGCUUUGGGAGAUUCGGAUAAGAUUACUCUUGACGUGGCUGCUCUCCUCAAGGAUGACUUUUUGCAGCAGAACGGCUACAGUGACUACGACCAGUUCUGUCCUUUGUGGAAGACUCAAUAUAUGAUGAAAGCAUUCAUGGGAUACCACGAUGAAGCACAGAAAGCUGUUGCUCAAGGCCAGAGCUGGGCCAAGGUUCGUGAGGCGACUGCAGACAUUCAGACAGCUCUACGAAACAUGAAGUUUGAAGUUCCGGAUGACGAAAAGGCAGUCUCAGCUAAGGUAUGUCUCUCCACUUUUAUGAAACAGAGACGCAAGUACUAAUGUUGCUAUUAUAGUAUGAGAAACUGCUGUCAGACAUGUCUGAGCGAUUUGCUUCCGUGUCUGAUGAAUAGACUGGCUGGGUUGGAUAGACACUGUUUUUUGCUAUAUGGAUGGCCACACGUCUGUAGUAUAUCUUUUGAUUGUUUCUUGUUACCCAAUACUUCUUUCAGCAUAUAACCCUAGCUGUUCUUCUGUCGUUUCGCUUAGUAUACCUAUAUAUUGAUCUGGUUGCUCAAGGCAGCACAAUUGUCGUGGGGGCAACAGAUAAUUUAAGCCAUAUCGCGUCAUGU